GUUAUUGUUGAAUGAAACGGUUGCCUUUAUUUGUGAACAGGUGUCGGUGUGGACAACAGGAGAAACAGAUCCCAGGCUUGGAGAGAAGGACUGUCCUCACAAGAUGGGGGCUGUGGUGUCUCGCUGGAGGGCAAAGCCUACCACCGUGGAGGUCUUGGAGGGUCUUGAUAAGGAUAUCCAGGCCCUUGAGGAAUACAGAGAGAAGAACCAGAAGCAGCUGAAGUUAUGGGUUUACAGACUGCUGCUGUACUCGGCCCUGCUGUAUUUGAUCGCCUGUACAGUCGUCUAUGUGUGGUACAUCCCAGAGCGGAUGAUAGGAAAAUUAAUAGUGGCGUCACCAUUCCUGCUAUUUCCUCUGUUAGUUUGGCUGCUGAGGAAACUGCUGAUUGUUUUAUACAACAAACGAACCGAGAGAAACAAUGAAAAAUUAGAAGAGCUGAGAGCAGAGAAAAAGAACAUACUUGAACAGGUCAUGGAAACUGAAACCUACAAAAAUGCUAAGCUGAUUCUGGAGCGAUUCGACCUCGACUCUAAGAAAAAGCUUGAGAUAGAGGCUCAACCCAUUGGCCCUCCUGCGACUCCAAGACAAGGCCAAGAGCUGCGUCAGCGGCAUGUGACCCCUCGCCCUACUGGACGUCCUCCACCCGUUCCUGGCCCCUCGGCCCCCCCCACUCCACUUUCUGCCCCGGGAGGGCCACCUGAAAAAGGUCUGUCUACAUCAACCCCACAUGGUCUGAUCCGGAGGCCAGGAACCCCGGCUGGGACGCCUGGAGCAGUGAUGGGCAUGCACCCUCCAGGUCCUCCGCUGGCCAGACCCGUCCUCCCCAGAGAGCGAGGAGCCAUGGACAGGGUCGUUGAGUACCUAGUGGGUGAUGGACCUCAGAACAGAUACGCUCUGAUAUGCCAGCAGUGCUCGUCUCAUAAUGGCAUGGCUUUAAAGGAGGAGUUUGAAUAUAUUGCAUUCAGAUGUGCCUAUUGUUAUUUCCUGAACCCGGCCCAGAAGACACGUCCCCAGGCCCCGCAUCUCCCAGAAUUCACUGCAGACACCAAGACGAGCCCAGACCCCCCUGCUGUUGCCAUGGAGACAGACCUGUCUAGCUCUCCUCCUGCCCCAGAGGGUAAAGCAGCCAGUCCAGGGCUUGUGAAAGCAGAAGCUGGAGAGCAGCAAGCACCGCAGAGUCUCUUAGAGGAGAAGCAGCCAGAUGAUCAGGAUCCCCUCACCAGCAUCCCUGACCAACCAGAGGACGAGCACAAUGUGUCUCCCAUGGAAGUAGACUAGAGAGAGGGAAUGUAUGUGUGUGGGUUUGAUUUUCACAUUCUUUACCUUUAGUUUAUUUGUAUCCUUUUAAUUUCUACACAUCACAGUUGCAGUGUUAUUCCAUCGAUUAGUAAAGCAAAGUUAAGUAGAAAUGAAAAGUUUAGUGGUUAAAGGGAUUCUUGUGAAGGUUUUUCUUUAUUUUUUACCUACAAUAAUUAACUAAAUAAGUCAAGCAUUAUAGUGUCUUUGUUUACAAUAGAACCUGUAUGUAAAAGCUAAACUUUGCAGAUGUUUUUCAGCACAUAACUCUUCUCUUAUUCUCUUAGUUUGAAAGAAAAGCAGCUAUUGACAUGCAUUUCGUUUGCCAUGUAAGCACUGUUUUGUGACUGAAUGUAUUUAAUAUUCUUAUUUACAAUAUGUAAUAAUGCAAAAAAAAUGUCCUGUUCAGAAGUAUAUUUAUGCUAUUUAUAGUUAUUAAUAACCUCUCAGUGCCUGUUUUUGAAGUGUAGCAUACGUUAGGUGCUGUGCAGCGAGAGAUUGCUCCCAUGUUUACAUGUCUGUUCAGGUAUUGUCAUAGAAAUGUCUGGCUAUUUAUUACGGUAUAAAAACAGCCCUUCAGUGUUCUCAGCCUCAUGUGCCUUCAUGUUCGACCUGCUUCAAGAUUGAAGAAGAGCAGAUGAAUUAUCUAAGAGCAUAGCAUAAUGUGCAAAAAUACAGUGCUGUUUGUAUUUUGUCAACAAGGAUUAAUAUGAGAAAUAAAGUUUUUAAAACAGUA